AUGGUUUCUAAUGUAGACGAGUACGAUUUCCUAUACAAAGUGAUUCUUAUUGGCGACUCAGGAGUGGGGAAAUCGAAUCUCUUGUCUCGAUUCGCAAGGAACACCUUCAGUCUCGAAUCCAAGUCAACAAUUGGUGUGGAGUUUUCCACAAGAAUUAUUACAGUUGAUGGAAAGCGGAUUAUGGCUCAGAUAUGGGACACGGCGGGUCAAGAGCGGUUCAAGACAGUCACUACUGCAUACUACCGUGGAGCACAAGGAGCAUUGAUCGUGUACGAUAUCACAAAACCGGGAUCAUUUGCUUCCUGUAGGCAGUGGCUACACGAUCUUCGAGAACAAUCUGAAAACGUCUCUGUACUGCUCGUCGGUAACAAGUCUGAUUUGAGAAAUAUGCGUGAGGUUUCAGCACAAAGUGCAAAAGGAUUUGCUGAUGAGCACCAACUCACAUACAUAGAGACAUCAGCUCUUGAUAGCUCGAACGUCGAGAAAGCCUUUACACAAAUUCUAACAAAAAUUUAUCGAAAUGGUAUGGCACACAUACGCAACGGUGAAGAAAAAGGCAUCGAUGUCUCGGCUGCCACUCAACCUGUUGCCAAGAAAGGAUGCUGCAGAUCGGGUUGA